AUGUCUCACAGCUCAGAGGAUGCGGAAGCAGGACCUUCUCGAUGGUUUGAUGCUAAAAUCAAUAGCUCGACAGAUACGGUGAACGGUAACGACACGCCUACGAUCAGAACGGCAAGAGCUUGUUCUUCUUGUAGUCAACAAAAGCUUAAAUGUAACGGAGCCAAACCAUGCUUACGAUGCAUCAACAACGGAUUCCCAGAUUCAUGUAUGUAUCUACCCAGUUUACGAGGGAGGAUGAGAGGGAAACGCAAAGCACCGGGAACAACAGAUGAACACUUGGAUCGUCCCAUAGAUGGAAAUAAAGGUGAACCGAAUAUAACAGGAAAUGAUGAAUAUACAAACAUCAAAAUCGACGAUUCUUUUGGUAUGCUUCCUCCAGAAAAGCCCACAUUGGAUUAUGUAAGGUGGAAACGAAAUAGUCUGAUGCCACAAAUUGGACCAAAGAACUCUUCAAUUUGGGUACGGGAUGGGGCAGUUAGAAAGAGCUUUGAGGAAACUUCCAGCGAUGUAAAUCAUCCGUCUUCAAGGUCCAAAUCGAUGGACUCGGGAUAUUCCCCGUCAUCGUUCGUUCCACCGCAUAUCAAUCGUAAUGAUAGUCCUGUAGCUAGAAAGAACUUUGCCUCUCGAGAUACGGGUGAUGUAUCAUCAACCAACCCUCACCCAUCGACGAUAAUUCGAGCUCACUCAGCCAGACAAAAUUCACCUGUCGCCGAUAGACUCACAUCACUCCCCCUUCCCGGUGAUAGGAAUCCUCUCGCAAUGCUGGCUGAAGCCAGUUAUACUGUAUCUAUCACGCAGGCAGACGAUCAUGUGAGUAUCAAUCCAUCUUCCAAAAGACGCCACGACGAGCGUAGCAAGACUCAGGCAGAAGAUGGGUAUUAUGCGCCAAUAUCACGCACGUUGAAAGAUGAAGCACCACAUAUUAUGACCCUUAUCAAUGUAUCCGAGGCCGAAAAACUCUUUGAAUCGUACUUUGAAUACCUUCAUCCUCAUCUUCCGCUACUCGACCCUUCACAUUCAUCACCAUCUGCAGUAGCAAGACGCAACAAUUUCCUUUUCAACGCGAUAUGCUGCGUUAGUGCAAGAGCUACGAAUCCAAUUCUUUGGUCUCGUUUGGCGGAGUUUGCUCGAUUCGAGAUGGAGCGUCUACCUAAAGAGAAAAACAUCGAUGUGGUCCAAGGACAUUUGAUCUAUGCUACUUGGAAUCUACAUCGCCCUAAACAUUUCGAGAUGGACAUGACCUGGUUACGCGCAGGACUUGCAGUAAGAACAGCUAUUGAUAUCAAUCUUCAUCGAAUAGUCCUUUUACCCCAAGCAAGAGAGGGUUUGCCGCAAUGGGUGACUCGAGCAAUAGCUAGAACUUGGCUGGGAGCGUAUAUCACAGACCGAACUAUGUCUGCUCAACUUGGAAAACCAUCCGCGAUCCGAGGUGAACGAUCCUUCCGAUUGUACAUUGCAUUAUUACGGCAGCCAUGCCAGGACAAGAUGGCCUCGUCUUCGAUAGCCGGCGUCGAACCUCGGCAUGUUCUCGACGAUCUUUGGAUCGCUGCUUUAGCUGAAUGGACACAGCUUCUCGCUCAGUCGAUCGAAGCUUUUCGAGCCGAGGCUGAAGCGGAUAAGCUAGAACAUACUGGCGAUCCAAAUCUCGAAGGACUAGGGUAUGGCACAGGUCACGUCGACCUUGGUAGAGCUUCAAUAAGGCAGUUACGAAGCUGGCGCCAACAUACCGAGGAAUCAAUUCGUUCCACAUAUGAUGUCGAAGAUUGGGACAACACCAACGUAACGCUCCGAAAUAUAAGGGCCCGUAUAAAGUUAUAUCAACAAUAUGCUGAAUUGGUGGUACACUCUUUCGUCCUUGAAAGCUCAGCGGAAACAUCUCCAUAUGACUUGCCAGUGGUUGUGAUCGAGUUACAAAAAGCCGCUACUCGAGUAAUUCAAUCGUAUCACACAAGCUUUGAUACUACAAGUGAGACUCGCUUAGGAUGUCCCGACAUGAUGCACACAUUCGUCACCUACGCUAUAGUGUCUCUUCUACGUAUACUACAGCCUCAGUUCGCUCACUUGGACCCUAACGCCAAAGAAGUCUUGGACAUUGCGAGCAGUGCAGCGGAUAUGCUCUCUCGUGCUGUCGCAGCGAACGACAAUGUUCCAGAUGGACAUAGCAUUUUCUUAACGAAACUCAUCGAUGCUAAAAGCGCUCAGCUGGCGAAUAGCCUCUCCAGCGGUUCUCGAAGCCAAGCGGACAUUUCCUCAUCUAUCCCUCCUCUGGGAGGACUUCACCAUGAGGGUACGAACCAAGUCGUGGAACCACACAAUAGGGUAUUACCGCCUAAAAUGAUGGACUUCGAGGCAUUUGGCGAUAUGCUGAAUCAAGAUCAAGGUCGAUCAGUUUGGCCACCCCUGCCCAGCUCCGGUACAAACGCCUUCAGCGCUUAUCUUGACUCCGUAUUGCCUGUGUCCAGCGAAGAACUUAAUCAGAGCCAGCCGUAUGAUGCAGACCUUUCUAGAGAUGACGGAUCGCUAUCAAAAGUGCCAGAUUUCCCAUUGACGUCUACGUCAAUAGGAACGGACUCAAUGCAACCGAAUAUGACAGUCCCGCAUGAUGUGAGAAGUUGGGUCGCACUUCAAAUGGGCUCGUCGCAUCAUACCGAAACUACCAUUAGCCCUAGUAUAGGCUUACCUGGUUCUGGAGGUCUGGAGUCAUUAUACACGCAGGAGAAUUUUUGGCGUAACCUAUUGGAUGGAAUACCUAUAAAGAAUUUGGAAUGA